CAACAACAACCAAUUGUUCCUCCAGAACCUUUUCCUCCCGUUCAACAAACACAACAACAACAAAUCCCAGUCCCACAAACUCAACAAUACUAUCAAUCAAAAUCACCAAUACUUCCUUCACAACCUUCUUUGCCAAUAAAAACUCAAGAUGAUGGCGUAUUUCUUAAAAAUUCAGUUGAACAAACAGCCCCAUCUUAUCAAAAUAAUGUACCUAACGAUCAUCAUCGAAAUCUUCAAAAAGAUCACAUGUCUGUAUAUAAUGACGAUGCAUGGGAUCCAAGUUAUGAUAGCGUUCAAACUUCAUCAUCUACUAAACCAUUACAACCAUCACCUUUUAAAGUUAUUGAUUCACAACCAACAUUUGCUUCAAAAGAUUUACAAAAAGACAAGAGUCCCGCUAUUCAAAAAGGAUUUAAUGAUGCCACAACUCAAACAGACCCUGAUCAUAUCGAUUUAACUAUAAUUAAUCUUAUGCAGCAAAAAUAUUCAUUCACCAUCACUCUACCAAAUAACAAAGUUAUACCUCCAUCAAAAUUAAGUCAAUUUAUCGAUGUUUUCACUGAAAGUCAAAAAUCUUCUCUACCAUAUUCCUCUUCUUCUUCUUUACCAAUUACCAAGAUUAAUAAUAAUGUUGCUGCUGUUACUACUGCACCAUCAUAUAGUUCAAAUAUAAAUAAUGAUUUAUCAAAAGACACCUCACAAAGUUAUCUUAUUAAAUUUGAUGAUAAUGAUUAUCAAAAAUCACCACAAGUAAUUCAACAACCACCACAAAAAUCUCCGCUACUAACAAAUAACAAAUAUAAUGAUAAUGAAAUUUUGGAUACUGUUAGAAAAGACGACUUAAUUGCUCAUCCUCACCAACCUGUUCAACUUCAAAAAACACCAUCAUCUAAUUUUGGCAACGAUAACCAGAGAGGUUGGAUCGAUGGCAAUAUUCCUCAACAACAACAAUCUAAUUGGGGAAAAGGACCAGUUGCUACACCAGCUGUUGCUCCAGUCGUAAAAAGUGCCGAAACAUGGAAUAAUGGACCACAAAAAUCUCCAUUACAGCAACAACAACCAAACCAAUAUAACGAUAACGGCAUUUCGGAUACUUCUGGAAAAAACCGUGACUUAAUUGCUCCUCCUCACCCACCUGUUCAACAUCAGCAAGCACCAUCAUCUAAUUUUAGCAGCAAUAGUCAGAGAGGGUGGAUCGAUGGCAAUACCCCUCAACCACAGCAACCUCAGCAACCUAUUCCACAACAACUCCCUCCACAAACACCACAGCAACCACAGCAACCACAGCAACCUAUUCCACAACAACUCCCUCCACAAACACCACCAGUUGCUACACCAGCUGUUGCAACAGUUGCAACGGGUGUUGAAUCAUGGGAAAAUGAAGUUAAAGAAGAGGAUUGGUUGGAGAAAGCUGCUAAAUUUGAACAAGAAUUAAAUGUUGAUCCCAAAGUUCGAAUAGGUAUAGAUGAUGGAAGAACUAAUUCUACCACUGCCAACAAUAUCCCUCCUGCUGUAACUAAUAGUCACAGUAAUGGAUAUGGUAGAGGCGGUGCAAAUAGGGAAUAUCAAGGUACUGGAAAUGGUUCAGGAAGGCCAAAUGCCAAAGCAUUAUGGGAUCAGUUACUUCGAGCAGAAGCAGAAAACGAUCUACCAAAAUUCAAAAGAAUUUUUGAAGAAUACACUACUGCAGCACCUGUCGAGACAUUUCAAUCAAUCGCGAAGGAUUUAAGAAGUGCAAAAUCUAAUGCAAAACUCAUGGCUUUGGAUCAAAGCCAUACUAAUAAUAUUGCUUCUAUGACGUCAAGAUCAUUGGUUGAUUUACAAGGCAAUCGCGAUAAAAAAUAUCUUGUUUAUAUAACUUUUGGUCCACCAAAUAGCGUUCCACCAGAAUUGGGAAGAAUAGCAAGCCAUAUUUCAAAAAAUUGUCCUGAAUCUAAUAGAAGAGACAAUAGGGGAGGAGAUAUUAAUAAUAGACCACCAUUGCAGCAGCAAUAUUCAUCUUCAACAUAUGAAAAUCGUAAUGGCGCUGGCGGUGCCAUGAGUGGAGGCAACGAUUAUCAUUUUAAAUCUUAUGAAUCUAGAUACAGUAGUGGCAGCGGAGGCAAUAAUAAUAUGAUGGGUGGUGGUAGUAAUAAUUCAUCAUCAGCAAAAAAAUGCUACAAGUGUGGUUCUUCAGAUCAUAUUGCCCGUAAUUGUGAAGAACAACAAUCAAGAUUUGGUAGCGGCAGCGGUGGUGGUGAUAGAGGAGAUUAUCAGCAACGAAGAGGUUAUAAUAAUAAUAACGGUUAUGGUAAUAACAAUAGUUUUGGUGGUUCUGGCAGUGGCGGAGGACAACCCUGGAGUCAAAAUAACGAUAUUAAUAAUAAUAUGAGAGGCGGGGAAAUCAAUGCCAACGCUAAUGGUAAUGAACCAAAUUUAGAUAAUGUUGGAGCUUGUACGAAAUGA